UUUUAAUGGAACAAUUUGACUUGAAUAUGUGCAAAUUCAAUUAAUUUAAAGGAUUGUUUGAACCUAAAAAUAUUGGGAUUUAGAUUACUUUCUGUAGGGUUCUCUGUGACCUAGAAAUUUAGUGGCAGUGUUUAGCAUUAACAGGCCUAGCUAAAUUUGCAAAGGGUCUCCCAGAUUUAUUGGAGGAAUAAUCACAAUAGAAUAGACUGGAGUCUAAGAGCAGCAAGCACUCACUUCCAGCAACAGAAGCCCCAGAUGUUUGACUGCAAAAGAGUCCAUGGGAUGAAGAUCUCAGAGCAGGAAAGUUGGCAGUUGGUUCCUGUCUGAUGGAGAAAGAAUUAAGACCUCUGUCUUAGACUAAAGAACCCUUAGACUAAAGACUGAAUGCCUUUGUCCAAGGUGCCCUGGCAAGAGGAACAGGAAGAAAACAACUCAAAGAUGAGAGUGAUUCGAGUGGGCACCCGUAAGAGCCAGCUGGCUCGUAUACAAACAGACAGUGUGGUGGCAAUGCUGAAAGCCUUCUAUCCAGGCGUGCAGUUUGAAAUCAUUGCCAUGUCCACAACAGGGGACAAAAUUCUUGAUACUGCACUCUCCAAGAUUGGAGAGAAGAGCCUGUUUACCAAGGAGCUGGAAUAUGCCCUGGGAAAAAAUGAAGUGGACCUGGUUGUUCAUUCCCUGAAGGACCUGCCUACCAUGCUACCUCCUGACUUCACAAUUGGAGCCAUCUGCAAGCGGGAGAACCCCUGUGAUGCUGUUGUCUUUCACCCAAAAUUUGUUGGGAAGACCCUAGAAACCUUGCCAGAGAGGAGUGUAGUAGGAACCAGCUCCCUGCGGAGAGCAGCCCAGCUGCAGAGAAAGUUCCCACAUCUGGAGUUCAAGAGUAUUCGGGGAAAUCUCAACACCCGGCUUCAGAAGCUGGACGAGCAGCAGAAGUUCAGUGCCAUCAUCCUGGCUGUAGCAGGCCUGCAGCGCAUGGGCUGGCAGAAUCGGGUGGGGCAGAUUUUACACCCAGAGGAAUGCAUGUAUGCUGUGGGCCAGGGGGCCCUGGGCGUGGAAGUCCGAGCCAAGGACCAGGACAUCUUGGAUCUAGUGUGUGUGUUGCAUGACCCUGAGACUCUGCUGCGCUGCAUUGCUGAAAGGGCCUUCCUGAGGCACCUGGAAGGAGGCUGCAGUGUACCAGUAGCAGUGCAUACAGUAAUGAAGGACGGGCAACUGUACCUGACUGGGGGAGUCUGGAGUCUAGAUGGCUCAGAUAGCAUGCAAGAGACCAUGCAGACUACCAUCCAUGUCCCUGCCCAGCAUGAAGAUGGCCCAGAAGAUGAUCCACAGCUGGUAGGCAUCACUGCCCGGAACGUUCCACGAGGAGCCCAGCUGGCUGCCGAGAGUCUGGGCACCAGCCUGGCCACCUUGUUGCUGAACAAAGGAGCCAAGAACAUCCUGGAUGUUGCUCGGCAGCUUAAUGAUGUCCAGUAACUGGUGUGAGGAACACAGAUGCCUGGGUUGCCACUUUCCAGUGCCUCAUCUGGCCUUCAGUGCCCUGUGUUCACUAACUGGGAGAGUGAUUACUUCAGUAGAUUGAACUGCAGGGGCUGAGGCUUCCAGCGACCUGCUUCACCUUGGGGCCUUGAUGACUGACUGCCUUGCCUCCUCAGUAGGUGGGGGCUUCAUCUCUUUAGAGAAAAAGUUCAAGCCACAGUCUUCGAAUGUAACUGACCCUACUAAUAAACCAGCUCUGAAGGUGGUUGUUCUUUUGGUGGGGUUGGGAAGAUAGGAAUAAACCCAAAACCCUUUUAA